AUGACCGAGGAUACUCACCAAACACAUCAAUCGAUGGAUAUCGACAAGGCCCCACCAAAGAAGCCACGUUUUCAAGUAAAAAAGUGGAAUGCCGUUGCCCUGUGGAACUGGGAUAUCGCAGUAGACAACUGUGCUAUCUGUAGAAACCAGAUAAUGGAUCUUUGUAUUGAAUGCCAAGCCAAUCAAGCUUCUGCAACGACAAAUGAGUGUGUCGUUGCCUGGGGAAUCUGCAACCACGCUUUCCACUUUCAUUGCAUAUCUCGUUGGCUUAAAACGAGGCACGUCUGUCCACUCGAUAAUCGUGAGUGGGCGUUGCAGAAGUAUGGUAAGUAA